AUGGAGAGUGGAGAGCCACAGGACUGCAUUGAGAGAGCCGUCCAAAGCCCAACCACCCCGGCCCACCUUCCCUCGGGGGAUGCCAGCCCUACCCACGCCCGCUCCUACGAGGGAGGCAAACGCCGCCCGCGCCGCGGGCCGAGCGGCCGGGGCCGCCGCGCCGCCCUCACCGCCCGCCCGGCAAAGCGGCCGCAGGCCUCGGGAGCACGGGCAGCUCCCGGCCGGGCAAGGGGACAGCCGGGCCCGCUGCCCGGCCCAGCCCGGCCGGAGCGCCCGGCCCGCACGUACCUGCUGCCGCCGCCGCCGCUGCGCCGGGGCCGGGCCGGGCCGCCCUCCCGCCGCCCGCCCGCCCUUAAAGCGGCCGCGCCGGAGCGCCCUCAGCGCCGGCCCCGCCGCCGCGGCCUCCGCUGCCGCUCGGGCCGCCUCUCGGUCCCGUCCUGCAGCGCCUGCCCCGCUCCCAGUGCGGAGCCUGCUCGGUGCCGCGGGCUUGCUCCGCUCCUAGCGCGUUCGAAAGGCUUUUCUGAAAGGCGUGCGUCAACGCGAAGCAGUCCUGUGUUUAAAAACGCUGAUAAAAACCCGCGCGGGAAAGGAGCGAUAACACACAUCCCAGCCGAACGGCAGGGAAAACGAGGGGGAUUUUUCCCCUUCGCACAUCAGCUCAAGGGCGCUGUCAGUCCGGUGUGGCCCAGGGAAAGCUCUCCGGCCUGUCGGGGACAGCACAGCUACGGCAGGCAGCGCCCAGGGCCGGCUCUGCCCCUGGGGCAGCGGGACCUCGGCCCGCUCCUCGGCUCCUCGGCUCCUCCGUCGGUCCCGUUCGUGUUUCUGCUGCUCGAAAGAUCCCUUCGCUUCUCUCCCCACACCCUGCCCGGUGUGGGCAGCAGAGAGGGGCCUUCCCGUGCUGUUGGUGUCCCUCAGGAGGGCACAGCUCGGUGGCAGGUAGAGUAAUUGCUCCAUCUUGCUCCAGAUGCAACUCCUGAAAUCAUAGUACCUUUGGUCAUCUGAUUUUGAGGAUCAUGCUAACAGCAGUUGGUGCCAAGGGGCAAGUAAUAUCCAGAGGACAUGGAAAUCAAGUGAUACCACUGCAAGGAAAGGAAUGGACACAAAACUCCCCUGCAACAUCAGCCAACUCCCUCACGUGAUGAACAGGGUGAAACUGAAGUUGGAUGUGACCAAGGACAGAAUAGCUGCUGUUAAUGCACAUGGAGGCACAGAAAAGUCAUAAGGAGCUGAAAAAACUUAGGCUUUAAAAUUCCUCUCACAUUUUCAUUGGUAUCCUACAAAGCGUUAGCUCCACUGGCUUUCUCACCCAUACUUAUGCAGCAUAUCCUCUAAAAUGGGGUGUUUGGCAUACCUCUCCUUCAGGAUACAGGCAACUCUGUCACUUUUGUAUCAAUAGAUUUCAAGUACACUUGUGAAUAGACAAGUAGUUGGGCUAGAGGAUUUCAAAGGUCUUUUCCAACCUAAACUAUUCUAUGGGCUUGGUUGCAAAACAACUCAAGCUGACAUUAGCCCAUAUAUAAUGUCUUUGUCUAACUCAAGCUUCUGCAAGUUCCGUGUGUUGGCAGUACACUGCAAUUUUGUUCCCUGCAGCAGAAGACAUGGUGCAGUGACACCCAAAUAGCUUGUUGGCAGCAGCUUGGACCUGCAAGGCUGGGCAGGUUGCAGGGGAGCUGCUUGGACACCUCCUUGUCACAGCUCCCAGGGCUCCAAAGAGUGAGGGAACCAGAGAACCCCCAACUUAGUGCUGUGCAAUCUCACGUCUUGGGUUUUAUCAGCUGAGGUGUCAAGCUCCAAUGCAAGCAGCUGCAUUAAAUGGAGGCAGCAGUGUCACCAUGACCCUACAGCUCUGUCACUGUGACAGCAGUGUCGCUGUGACCCUCUUCAGCUGUGGCACCAUAAACUGGUGCUGGGGGAGCCAGGACAGGAGCACCUGCAGGUGAACUAAUGCUCAAUAUGAAUAAAUGGCCCAAGAAUAAUGAA